UUUGAUGCCUCUUCAACCUAGUGCAAGUCGAUAAAAACUUUGUGCACUGACAGACAACUUCCAGCGCCCGCCAGGUGGGCCAAAAUGGGAAUUAGCAAAGCCACUUUGCUCCUUCUUUUCUUGCUCAGCUCAGUGCAAGGAAGCAUACUAGACAGCUAUGUGAGGACAGAGGGAGCUUGGCUGCUUAACUCAAAGAAGCAAACUUAUAAGACAAGUAGUAAAGAAGAAUGUGCAGAGCAAUGUGAAACUGAAACUAAAUUUUCUUGCAGGGCCUUCUUAUUCACCAGUAAAGACCAACAGUGUAUAACAUUGGCUGAGAACACCAAAACAGCAGUGCUAUUCAGAAGAACAAAUGCAGUUCUUUAUGAAAAAAGAAUUUAUCUUCUAGAAUGCAAGGAAGGUAGAGGGAGCGAUUACAGAGGAACAGAAGCCAAAACUCAGAAGGGUGUGGAAUGCCAGAAGUGGGCUGAUACUGCACCCCAUAAACCUAAUUACACACCUGCAAAAUACCCUGACGCAGGGCUGGAGGAAAAUUACUGCAGAAAUCCUGAUAAUGAUGAAAAAGGACCCUGGUGUUACACAACAGAUCCUAAUACUAGAUUUGAUUACUGUAACAUCCCAGAAUGUGAAGUGGAGUGCAUGCACUGCAGUGGAGAAAACUAUCAUGGAGUAGUUGCAACAACAGCAUCUGGGCUUGAGUGCCAACGCUGGGACUCCCAGCAACCUCAUUCUCAUGGAUACCUCCCUGAAAAUUUUCCAGAGAAAGAUCUGAAGAUGAAUUAUUGUCGUAACCCUGAUGGUGAACCUCGGCCCUGGUGUUUCACUACCAACCCGAACAAACGCUGGGAAUUUUGUGACAUUCCUCGUUGCACAACAUCCCCACCUGUAUCUGCACCAGGGCGUCAGUGCUUGUCAGGAAGAGGAGAAGACUAUCGAGGCAAGAUAUCUGUUACUGAAUCAGGGAAUACCUGCCAGCACUGGAGUGCUCAGUUUCCUCACAGACAUGCUCGCACUCCUGAAAACUAUCCCUGCAAGAAUUUAGAGGAAAACUAUUGUAGAAACCCUGAUGGUGAGAAGAUGCCAUGGUGUUACACCACGAAUGCAACUGCUCGAUGGGAAUAUUGCACCAUCCCUUCCUGUGAUGGGAAAGAACCAGAUAGCCCUGCUGUUGAUCAGCCUGAACAAGCUCAAGCAACUGAGGAGUGCUACCAAGGCAAUGGUGUGAGUUAUCGUGGUACAGCUUCUUUCACUAUCACAGGGAAGAAAUGUCAAGCCUGGAACUCAAUGUCACCACAUCGUCACAAUAAAACUUCAGAACACUUCCCAAAUGCGGACCUGAGGCAGAACUAUUGCAGAAACCCAGAUGCUGAUAGCCGCCCAUGGUGCUACACCACUGACCCAAGUGUGAGAUGGGAGUAUUGCAACCUGAAGAGAUGUAAUGACAAUGUACAGAUGACCCUACCAAAACCUCCUCAGACAACUCUGGAACCAAAUCCUGAUUGCAUUCAUUCAAAUGGUAUAGAUUAUCGUGGCACAGUAGCAAGAACUGGAAGGGGCCGGACUUGUCAAGAGUGGAGUUCUCAGACACCACAUAAACAUGACUACUUCACUCCAAGGACUCAUCCAAAAUCAGGCCUGGAAAAAAAUUAUUGCAGGAACCCUGAUGGAGAUGUGAAUGGACCUUGGUGCUACACAACUGACCCAAGAAAAGCCUGGGAGUACUGUGACAUUCCCAAGUGCCCUCCCACUCAGUAUGAAUGCGGAAAAGCCAAGACCAGACCAAAGCUAUGUGCUCAAAGGAUUGUUGCUGGGUGUAUUUCACAUCCACACUCCUGGCCCUGGCAAAUCAGUCUCCGGACAAGUUAUGGCUUGCAUUUCUGUGGCGGAACACUGAUAGACCCACAGUGGGUUCUUACUGCUGCUCACUGCUUAGAAAAGUCAUCACGGCCAUCUUCGUAUAAAGUAUACCUUGGAUUACACGAAGAAAGAGCAUUAGAAACAUCAGUGCAGAAAAGAGAUGUUGAGAAACUGUUCAAGGAGCCUCACAGGGCGGACAUUGCUCUACUAAAACUGAGGAGCCCAGCAAUCAUCACCGAUCAGGUAAUCCCUGUUUGCUUGCCGAAAGAAAAUGCUGUGUUAGGAGGAAGAGAGGAGUGCUAUGUUACAGGUUGGGGAGAUACAAAAGGAACUCCUGGUGAAGGCUACUUAAAGGAAACUGGCUUCCCUGUAAUUGAGAAUAAAAUAUGCAACCGCCCUGAAUUUUUGAAUGGGAGAGUCAAAAAACAUGAGCUCUGUGCUGGAAAUAUUCAUGGAGGCACAGAUACCUGCCAGGGAGACAGUGGAGGACCUCUAGUUUGUCUGGACCAAGAUAGAUUUGUCCAACAUGGAGUCACCUCUUGGGGCCUUGGCUGUGCUCAACCCAUGAAACCCGGAGUUUAUGUUCGAGUUUCUAAUUAUAUUCCUUGGAUUAAGAGCGUAAUGGAAAACAACUGAUCCUGGGUAUGGACUGCCCUCUCCUGGAAAGCAGUAUGCACAUUAGAAAUACCAGAUUACAAGUGCAAUAUUAAAGCUACAAUCAUUCCUAAAAAGCAAAAUAAAUAUGAUCAUCCAUUUAAAAUUGCUUUAAGGUAAUGUUUAUUGCCAUAAAACCCAUCUGACUGCAUCACCCUCUUUCUAUACAUUCCAUGGUUUGCUAUGUUUGACAAUAGACCAACACACCUUUGAAAUACUUGUCAAAAAUUCCAACAUCAGCUGUAACUGAAUAUCUGCAUUUCAAUUGUGAGACUCUACAAUGACUUUUUAUUCUAAGUUUAAGAUGUUGUGUCUCCAACAGAUGAAGGAGAAUAUUUGUCAUUUUCUAUGAGCUGUUUGAUCUUUUCACCAAUCCAAUGAUUAAAAAAAAAAAAAGAAGAAACUGUACACAUCUGUUAUGCCUGUGGUGUUUUAUUAGAUAUAUCUGACUGCAUUAAGUACGUGGGAUGAAAAAAUAAACACAUUUGGCUUGUAUUUUUUUUUUUAUUGACAUGGAAAUUUGUGUCAGCGGAAGUACAAAUGUUGCAUAAAACAGUGAAUAAAAAAUACCUUUAUCUAAAAGUUAGUUCAUAGUGAAGACAGAGAAAUAACUGAUGUCAGUCAUUACAGUGAGUAAUGACAAUGCAUGUAGUGUAUUAUAAACUUCUGUCAUCCUCAGGACCAGUCUUGUUUCACUAUAUAACUUGUCUUACCACUGCAUACAGCUUUUUCUUCUCUAAAUGAAGAGGAAAUGCAUAUGCCUGUGCUUACAGGAAAUUAAAUCUGUGCCCAUAAGACCAACAUCUCAUACAAUACAGAUGUGUAUUUGUGACGCUAUAAUGUCAAAUUUCCUCAUGAAGUUUGAAAGAGAUUUAAAAAAAAAAAACAGAAGAGACCC